UUGAAUACGCAUCUCGUCAUUAGUAAUCAGUUUGUCUGCUAUAGACUUGUAGCUCCCAUACUGCCCAUGGCAUCUCCGCAUCCAAACUUGGAGCUCCGACCCUUAGGAAAUACGGGCCUCAAGCUCAGCUGCGUGGGUUUCGGAGCUUCCCCUCUUGGCAAAGUCUUCGGCCCUGUCUCUGAGGAUGAUGCCAUCGCCUCCGUGCGUCAGGCCUUUAGCCGAGGCAUCAAUUUCUUUGACACUUCUCCGUAUUAUGGAGGAACAUUGUCUGAGAAGAUGCUUGGUAAGGCACUUAAAGCCCUAGGAGCUCCUAGAAAUGAAUAUAUUGUGUCAACAAAGUGUGGGCGGUAUGCUGAGGGCUUUGAUUUUAGUGCUGAAAGAGUGACUAGAAGCAUUGAUGAGAGUUUGGAGAGGCUGCAGUUGGACUAUGUUGAUAUACUGCAAUGCCAUGACAUUGAAUUUGGGUCUCUUGAUCAGAUUGUGAAUGAGACAAUUCCCGCCCUUCAGAAACUAAAGGAAGUAGGGAAGAUUCGAUUUAUUGGUAUAACUGGACUCCCAUUAGGAAUUUUUACUUAUGUGCUCGAUCGGGUGCCUCCUGGCACAGUUGAUGUGAUUCUAUCAUAUUGUCACUACAGUAUUAAUGAUUCAACGCUGUUGGAUAUAUUGCCUUACUUGAAGAGCAAAGGGGUUGGGAUAAUUAGCGCUUCUCCACUUGCAAUGGGGCUUCUUACAGAGAAUGGCCCUCCAGAGUGGCACCCAGCUUCUCCUGAACUAAAGUCUGCAUGCCAAGCUGCUGCUGCCUAUUGUAAAGAGAAGGGGAAGAAUAUUUCAAAGUUAGCCAUGCAAUAUAGUUUGUCAAACAAGGAUAUAUCUACAGUGCUAGUUGGCAUGAACUCUGUUAGACAGGUUGAGGAGAAUGUUACUGCUGCCAUCGAACUCGCAACAUUUGGGAAGGAUCAACAAACUCUGGCUGAGAUUGAAGCAAUUGUUAGCCCUGUGAAGAAUCAGACUUGGCCCAGCGGAAUCCAACAUAGCUAACAUUUUCGCCGUCUCUGAGAUUAUGUUCGACUUGUAUUUACUCAUAAUUCGAAUUUCCAAUCUCCGACCAUUUUACCCUGAAUUUCAACCGCAAUCCAUUUUAGAUCAACAGAGCAGCAUAUUGUAUUGUAUACCUAGCUGCCAAGGAGUUGAUAGCAGGGGCUUAUCUUUUGCAGAAGGCUCAAUAAAUUGUAUGGGUUGUUCAGUCAUCUCGUUAUGUUCAAGAGGUGGAUUACCUCAUGUUGUGACCAAAUUAUUUACCAUAAAAUUUUAGAGUCAGAUUCCGGAUUCAAGUUGUAGAAUCUGUGAAUCAGUUAAUGCAUCAGAAAGUUUUUUCACCA